AUGGCGAUCCGGUACUGGCAGAUGGCCGCGGCAGCCGUUGGGUUCCGCCUCGUCCUGGUUCUCUUCGGCGGGGACCUCCACCUUGCCUCUCGCCCUGAGGUCUCCACCCCCCUCACCUCCCUUCGCCGCCUGGCGGAAGGCUACUGGCUGAAGCAAGCGUCCGUGUCGCCGUACUCCGGUUCUAUGUAUCACGGUUCCCCGUUGCUCCUGUCUAUUCUCGGUCCAUUAACUAAUAGCAGGCCUGACGGACAUCAUGCUCAUAUUUACUGCAGUUUGAUUUUUGUGGCUGUAGAUUUUCUAGCUGCCAUGCUCAUCCGAGCAACUGGGCAUAAACUCCAAAUGGCACGGAACAGAAGUUUGAAGUCACUUGACCUCACAAAGGCAGUAAACGAUUCAGUUAAUGUAAGCGCUGGAGAUGUUGCUUCUCUCAUAUAUUUGUGGAACCCUUGGGCAAUAGUCACUUGUGUGGGUUCAUGUACAUCACCAAUCGAGAAUCUAAUGGUUGUAAUAAUGAUCUAUGGAGCCUGUUCACGUCUGGCUCCUCUUGCUGCUUUUGGAUAUGUUAUGGCCACGCAUCUCUCUCUUUAUCCUGCAAUUCUCAUUGUACCGGUCAUUCUGUUGCUGGGUUAUGGUCCAGAUGCUCCUCCACCAAAAGUAUUUCUUAUUAAAGGGUCAAGUGCCAGUAAAAGUGACGAGUCAGACAACGAUAAAACAACCAGACAGAGAGUUGUUCAACAGUUUUCAUGGAAACCAGUACUUCACUUUAUAUUUUGGCUGUUUAUCUGGUCAUGCCAUGUGUUGUUAUUGAGCAGCGUGAUUCUGAAGAAAGUUGGUGGCCUCCACGAGAUGUUUGAAAAGACGUAUGGUUUUAUACUUACAGUGAAGGACCUAUCACCAAAUAUCGGUGUUUUAUGGUACUUCUUUGCUGAAGUCUUCGACUUCUUUAGAAAUUUCUUUCUUAUAGUCUUCAAUAUGAACAUCAUUUUUGUGGUCUUGCCAUUGGCCAUCCGAUUGAAGCAUCGUCCGUGCUUUCUUGCAUUUGUUUACACUGCAAUUGUGGCAAUAUUGAAAUCAUAUCCAUCGGCUGGAGAUUCAGCUCUGUAUCUUGGUCUUCUGGGCUUAUUUGUCAAUGAGUUAGCAGAAAUGCAGUUCACAUUCUUCUUAUUUUUCGGAUAUAUUGGAGUCUCCCUGCUUAGCCCUGUCAUGCAUAAUCUGUGGAUCUGGAGGGGCACUGGUAAUGCAAAUUUCUACUUCGCCACUGGUUUGGCUUAUACUUGCCUUCAGACUGUGUUGCUGGUAGAGAGUUGCGCACACAGGGAAACAAGACCUUCAUCACUCUUGCCAACUUGCCAAGCUAUCUACUCUUCCGUCGCUGAGCCCAUAAAGAGUUAA